AGGCCAACACCGAAGUGUGUUCAGUUCACCAACUUCCCUUCUGCCCUCAACAGCCCUGAAUUAUCAUCGCAGGUGACUUUCCAUCCUGCACUUCACACAAUGUUCGACAAUUCACAGUAUCCUUACAACUGCUUUAAUUAUGAUGGAGAUUAUCCGACCUGUGGCACUGAGGAGGAGAAGAAAGUGUGCAGACCUGCUUACAGUUACAUUGCGCUGAUAGCCAUGGCCAUACAGCAGAGUCCAGAGAACAAAGUCACCCUAUCGGGCAUCUAUGAGUUCAUCAUGAAAAGAUUCCCUUAUUACAGAUCCAACCAGAGAGCUUGGCAAAACUCCAUCCGCCAUAAUCUCUCCCUCAACAGCUGCUUUAUAAAGGUACCUCGCACUGAGGGCAAUGAGAAGGGGAAGGGAAAUUACUGGACUUUUGCCACAGGCUGUGAGUCCAUGCUGGACCUCUUUGAAAACGGCAACUUUCGACGGCGUCGGCGGCGACGGCGUAACUUAAGCCUGGGCUUCAGGGAGCCAUCUGAACCGUUCAGCCCCAUGGACCCUCAGCAGAAUGCCACGGUGCAGUCGCUUCAUCCUGAUUCCUUUUGUCCAGAGAGUUCAAACCACAGAGUGGACCAGCGCAACCCUCCACUCAGCAAACCCGAGCCGGAGAUCAAAUUCAGCAUCGACUACAUCCUGUCCACGCCAGAUCCCUCACCGGGUUUUAGACCUCCACACAGCGGAUCUGCAGGAGCCGUGAUACAGCACCUGGAGCCUCAGCAGCUCAACCUGCACUUCUGGACCCUGUGAAUUACACAUUCUAAAGAAAAACUUGGGGGAAAAAAAUCAUGAAACCUCACAGAACUUUUUAAAGGUGUGGUGCAAAUUAGUUGGGACAAUAAUGUGAUGAUUGUUGUGUCGAGUUCAUCUGAUUUUUGAGAUCAAAUCUUUAAUCAAAAUGUAGGUACAGAGAAUAUGGCUUGGACUACCACUCAUGGUACAGUGGAUUAAUAGUUAAAAAAAUUCAAGCACACAAAGUUUUGUUCUUUUUGCCUUGUUUAUUAGGCAUGUUGAUAGAAUUCUAUUAUCUCUCUACACACACAUUCCUGAUUACUGGGAGUAGGACAUGUUUGCAACAGACGAACAGACAUAAAGGAAGUUCUGCAUUAAUUCAUUAAUGUAUCUUUUGCAUUUUAAAGAUAAUAAUAGCAUAUUCCUAAAGCUUUCUUAUUGUGCUGACAGCGCCAUAUAAUUAAUAUAUUAUUAUAUGGUCAAUUUGUUUCCUAAAAUCAUUUCCAGACCCAAGCUUAACACAGUGCAUUAUUUGAACAGGUUUAUUUAAUGUUCUUAACCUGUCUUUGGAGUUUAAACCUUCAGUAUUGCACCCCCUCUUGGAGAAUAGCACAUUUAAGUGUUUAAAUUAUAUAUAAUUUCCCCUGAUGCUCACUGCUCUGUCAGACAUUUAUACAUGGACCAUAUCUCAUUUGCUGACAAAAGAAACUUUUCAAGCUGACCCUUUUUUUGUUUUACGGGAGGACUGUGUUCACUAAUAACACACACUAAAGUUUGCUUCUUCUUAUAUACUGUGCACAGAGGACAGAUUUCAAUUUAGUAACAUAAUAAUCACUGUAAAAAAUGUAACAUUGAUCAUCUGUCUUCAUGCAGUAGGUUAGAAAAAAGUGAAAGAACCUUUUUUGUGCAAUAUCACCACCACUGGGUAUGUGUGUACUGCAGUAAUUAUAUUGUAUUUUAUAUUGUACAUAAUCUGUAUAACUGCUUUCUGGAAAAAACAAACAAAAAACAAACAAAAAACAGCAACACACGUCAGAUCAGACAAUUAAAACAAAUCUCUAAUCGGGUGGUAGAUCAAUGCUAACUUAAAAACCGAAGCUAAUUUUAUGCAAAUGUUGAAACAGCCACAAGACAUCAAAUUUAUUGGCUUGUUUUGUCAUAACAUAAAAAGUACAAUAUACCUCAAAUGAAUGAAAUCUGCAUUAAGCACAGCAUCGAGUUUGGUUUAAUGAAUAUAUCUUUCUUCAGUAAACAGCUGCUUACUGAAAAGUGCAACACAAUAUCAGUCCUAACACAGUUUAUUACAAUGAACGUGUCAGAACGGUUCAUGUUAAGGAUUAAAAAUAUGUCAUUCGUUGUAUUUUAAAUUCUGUAUUUCCAUGACAUGGUAAUUAACAUGCUGCCAAACCAGUGCGGUCUAACCUUCUCCGAAUCCGACUAAUCUCUGUGACUGACCUUUUCCUUUGUGCUGAAACAGAGUCGCUCUCAAUUUGAUCCUGCCGCUCUAUUAGAAUACAUAUCAUUCAUAACCGUGCACGCUUAAAAUGGAAGCCUGUUAACAUUUAUUUUCCUUCUAAGGUGUAUCAAUCAUUGUGUUUGUGCUGGAGAGGGGACAUUUUUCAAUUUAACCUUUAUAUUAUGGUGUGACUACAUCAGGAAGGUUUCGACACACUUACCAUGAGUGGCAUUUAAUAUAGUAUUACACUUGCAAGGUUAGCAGGAGAUGUGACCUUAUUCAAAUCCUGCUGCCACUACAACACCACUCCCAAUGCAAUUAUAAUUAAAUGCCUUAUGCCGGCUUGCAAAUCCCCUGAUCGAUCAUUGAUAUUAAUGUUAAUAUUGCACUGCCCCCCAGCCCCUGUCUAGCAGUAGAACUGUUAUGGAUCAGCAGGUUUCUAUUAACAGAGCUGUUGAUGUUGUGGGCUGUGGUGUGGAUAUAUUUGGGUAAAUUAACUUAGCAUAAAGUGCUCCAAGGCCUGGGCUUGGGAGGAAAAAAAAUAGUGGAAACAACAAAAAGACCAAAGCCAUAAGCCUCUAUAUACUCUUUCUUCAUGGUGUUAGCUUAAGAUUACCAUGUGUAAAAAUGCCAUGGGAUGAUUCACAACAGAAUAUUUAUUGAUAUUUCCUAACAAUUUAAAAUAUGGGUUGUUUUGAUUUUCUCUAUGCAAAUAAAAUGUGUCUUUUUAUAAUAUUACAGUUUUUUUUUUUUUGCAUAACAUCAUUGCAUUAUGUGGUACCAUUAUGACAUGGGUGAAAUUAGGAGCUUAGGGCAGAGUAAACAGAAUCAAGAGAGGCAAUUGGGAAAUCAGUGGUGUGCAACAGCUGCAGCAGCCAUAUCGCAAACAUAAAUAGCCAAUUUACACAAUUCUUUCCAACUUUUCUGCACAGUUCAUAAUUGCUUUUUUUAAUAUGACUCAGUAACUCAUAUAAGAAAUAUGCUUUUUAAAAAUGCAUUAUUGCAUGUUUAUGUAUAAGA